CCCGUCCCGAUUACCGACCUCCAUUCCCUCACUGCUUCUCCUAGACGCAGAAGAAGCUUACCAAAUCAAAUCACGCAGUGUUUUUUUAGUUAGGGUUUCUAAUCCCUAAACCUCGAUCCACCUGAACCAGAAGCUGGCACCAAUCUUUUACAUAUAAGGGACGGGAGCUUCGCUUACCGACAAUUUUAACUAGUUUUUCAUGAUCAGAUUCGAUUCUAUCAUCCUCAGUUCCUUAAACUUCCAGAAUAAGAAAGUUGUUCGGAGUCUUAGAUUGCACCUAUUAUUAUAUUACUUCAAUCGAUGGAUUUAGACGCUCAAGGAGGCAACAGUCGCGUGUUCCAGAGACUCGGCGCACAGCCGGCGAACGACACCAGGCAGCAAAAGGUCUGCCACCAUUGGCGGGCGGGCAGGUGCAGCCGCCACCCAUGCCCCUACCUUCACAGAGAAUUACCUCCCCCAGCGCCUGCUGGUUCCAACGGCAAUGCUUCUAAGCGUGGAUUUUCGAAUGAUUCGGGAUUUUCUGGGCCGUCUGGGACAAGGAGAAGUGGCAAUUUUAGUAACUCGUCGUCUUGGGGACGAGUUGUGAAUAAUAAGGUUUCGAGGAAGGCUGAGAAAGUGUGUAAUUUUUGGGUUCAAGGUAAAUGUAGUUUUGGUGACAAGUGCAGGUUCUUGCAUUCGUGGAGUUUGGGUGAGAGUUUUUCGUUAUUGACGCAGCUUGACGGUCACAAGAAGGUAGUAACAGGAAUUGCUUUGCCAUCUGGGUCCGAUAAGCUUUACACGGGGAGUAAUGAUGAAACCGUGAUGGUUUGGGAUUGCCAGUCUGGUCAGUGUUCUUUGCAGUGUAUGGGCGUUAUUCAGCUUGGAGGAGAGGUUGGUUGCAUGAUCAAUGAAGGUCCAUGGAUUUUUGUUGGUGUGCCGAAUGUUGUUAAGGCAUGGAAUACACAAACUAACACUGAUCUAAGUCUUAAUGGACCUGUUGGACAAGUUUAUGCCCUGGUUGUGGGUAAUGACUUGCUUUUUGCUGGUACACAGGAUGGGCAAAUAUUAGCAUGGAGAUUCAAUGCAGUUACCUUUAACUUUGAACCAGCUGCAUCACUUACGGGUCACACUGUUGCUGUUGUUUCACUAGUUGUUGGAGCGAAUAGACUCUAUUCUGGUUCUAUGGACCAUUCUAUAAGGGUCUGGAAUCUUGAAACUUUGCAGUGCGUGCAAACACUAAAAGAGCAUUCUUCAGUUGUUAUGUCUGUUCUUUGUUGGGACCAGUUUCUUUUGUCUUGUUCAUUGGACCAAACAAUAAAGGUGUGGGCUGCGACAGAGAGUGGGAACUUGGAAGUAACAUACACUCACAAAGAAGAGCAUGGUCUACUUACCCUAUGUGGGAUGCAUGAUUUAGAAGGCAAGCCAGUCCUGCUGUGCUCUUGUAAUGAUAAUUCAGUCCGCCUAUUUGAUCUGCCAUCGUUUUCAGAAAGGGGUAAAAUCUACGCUAAACAGGAGAUUCGUGCCAUUCAGACUGGUCCUGGGGGUUUGUUUUUCACUGGUGAUGGAACUGGUCAAGUGAGAGUGUGGAAGUGUGUAGCCGAACCAACUGCUGUUGCCUGAUGACUAUUUUAUGAGUGUCAUCUGUGGAUUUUCCGUUCUUUGGUUAUCCAAAUUUAUUCUUUUCUCGGGACCUCUUACAAUGCAAUUCCGAGGAAAGAAGUGCCAAGGAGAAAAUGCCAGUUUUGGAUUCCUAGAGUCCGCAUGCGCCAUAGUAAUUAUUAUGGAAGUUGAGACAGAACUAGAAGAGCUUGACGGCUCAUUUCAAAGUUUGUAACAGUUGAGACAGUUCUCGAGUCUCCACAGAACUAGACCUCUAUUCAUAUCAUUUGCAAUCGAUAUGUGUUCAUUAUGUUCAUCCCAUAUGCUCUUGUUCUUGGCGUUGCCGUGCUUUAUGUCAUUAUGGAUGUGGACCUUGUCAUUGUUGAUCCUAUUUCAGCCUCCCGUGUAGCCCGCCACUGAUGAAUAAAUAUUUUCAAUUAUUAGCCUUC